AUGUCUCUUCGAACUGGGAGUCGAGGAUGGCUUCGACAUAGACGAACUAUAGGCUUGGGAAGCGCCUUCACUGUUGGUCUAGCCGCUAUCGGAUUCAGAUCAACAUCUGGCACCACUGGAGAUGUCCGAAAUGGGGUCACGCUGCGAAAGGCAUUCACACUCUCGCUCUCAAGGCCCUUUUCGUUUCUCUCCUCAUCACACUUUGCGAUGUCUAUUAAGCCUCCUCGAGCGCCACCAUCAUGGAAUCAUACACCUGAGGAAAUAGCUAAGCUCACCAAGGAGCUCAUCGACGAAAAUCGUGCUGUGCAGGACAAGAUUGGAGCUCUUCCGGAGAAGGAUUGCAAUUUUCAGUCGGUUUUCCUCGAUCUUCAAGAAGCUGAUACUCGUUUCGAAUCAAUCUCCGAACCACUUGCCUUUUACCAAAACGUUUCCCCAACCAAGGAACUCCGAGAUGCAUCCAACGAAUCGGAGAGUAAAAUCCGCGAUUUUGGGGUAGAGAGCUCGAUGCGAUUGGAUGUGUUUAAGGCUAAAGUGGCCGCAGAGAAGAACCUCAAAACCUCGGGAGAGUGGGAGAAGCUCUCUCCCGAGGAACAGAGACUCGUCGAGAAAAUGCUCCUGGAUGGAACGCGUGCUGGACUAGCUUUACCCGAGAAGGAACGUGAUGAGCUAACCAAACUUAAGAAGGAGCUGUCGCAGGUUUGUCUGGACUUCAUGAAAAACUUCAAUGAGGAGAACGCUACAAUUUCCUUCACCGCGAAGGAACUCGAGGGCGUCCCUGAAGAUGUCAUUUCCGGCUACACCAAGCGUACAGAGGGUUCAACGGAAGUGUACGAUGUCACGUACAAGACCCCGGAUAUCUUCCCAGUUUUCAAAUUCGCCAAGAAUCCCGAAACCCGUCGACGAGCGUAUGAAGGCCAUGAAUCCAGACUGGAAAACAACGUACCUAUCCUCAGUCAAGCUCUCGAUUUGCGACGAAAGAUUGCCAGUCUUCUUGGUUACAAGACCUGGGCUGAUUACAUCACUGAAGUUAAAAUGAUCAAAAACUCGCAAGGUGUUGUCGACUUUUUGGAUGACCUUGAGAGUAAACUUCGUCCCGUUGGUGUCAAGGAUCGAGAGACCUUGCUCGCUUUGAAGAAGAAGGACUACGAAGCCCUACGGUUAAAUUUUGACGGAGAAUUCUACAUCUGGGAUUAUCGCUACUACGAUCGCAAGUACAUCGAGAGUUCGCUCGACCUGGACGACAUGAUUAUAAAGGAGUACUUCCCAGUCUUGCAAGUUGUACCCACGAUUUUGGAGAUCUAUCAAAAUCUACUGGGUGUUUGUUUCCAAGAGAUUAAGGAUGGGUCGACUUGGCAUCCCGACGUCCAGCAGUUCUCUGUAUGGGAAAAGGAUGCGAAAGACGAAUCCGGGUUCAUCGGAUACUGCUACCUUGACUUGUAUCCUCGAGCAUCCAAAUACUCUCACGCAGCAGUAUGGCCGUUACUCGCUGGAUACGAGAAGCCGGAUGGGAAGAGAAGCUACCCUAUCGCUGCGAUGGUUGCGAACCUUGCGAAACCGACGGCUGAUAAGCCUGCUCUGAUGAGACAUGAUGACGUUGUUACGUUCUUCCAUGAGAUGGGACAUGUUUUCCAUGGAUUGUUGAGUCAGACCAAGUUCUCGAGGUUUCAUGGAACGAGCGUUGCUCGGGAUUUCGUUGAGGCGCCUUCUCAGAUGUUGGAGAAUUGGUGUUGGGAACCCAACGUAUUGGAAAAGAUGUCGAGUCACUACGAAACUAAGAUGCCUCUCUCUGCCGAACUUAUUGAAAAGCUCAUCAAGAGCCGUUAUGUCAACAUCGGGUUAUUCUACCUCCGCCAAAUUUUCUUCGCUAAGUUCGACAUCAAAGUCCACACUGACCAAGAGCCCGCUGACUAUACUGAAUUGUGGAAUUCCAUGAGGGAGACAAUUUCGUUGGUGAAAUCUGGUAAACCCUGUCCUGGUCAAGGAUCUUUUGGCCACAUCACUGGAGGUUACGACGCCGGAUACUACGGCUACACCUUCUCUCUCGUCUUCGCGGCAGAUAUGUAUGCCGAGGUCUUCAAGGCUGACCCACUUGAUCCUCAACGCGGUCAGAGAUACCGGGAGAAGAUUUUACGACCCGGAGGUAGUCGCGAAGAGCUUGAUUCUCUUCGAGAUUUCUUGGGACGAGAACCUGAUAGUGACGCAUUCAUUAAAGAGAUAUUCGGGGGCAAGGUGCCAUCCAAGAUGUGA